AUGUUUUUGUGGGCAUGUGCCAUUCUUCAAAGAGGUUUAGCCGUUGAUCUGGAUCUGCAAGACAAGACGGCCACCCAGAGUAGCGAUUACUAUGCUAAAGAUCUCAGUAUAGAUCUUGUUGCAGACCGAGCAAUAGAUGGAGAUACCACAACAUUUUCACACACUGGUGGGCGACUGAACGGUGCUGUAGUGCAGGCUGGUUUGGAUCCAUCAGAUUUCUCACAGAACACACGGAUAGGAACAGUCACAAGUUUCCAGGCAACCAACGGAGCAACGAUUCCUUUUACAUCGGACCCGGCCAUCUCUGCUCGAUACGUUAGUGUGGAAUUGUCAGGGAAUUGCCUUCACCUGGCUGAAGUCAGGAUUAGCACAAACGACAUAAUUACAAGCAUAACGCCAACAAAUGUCGAUGCUACAAGUAUGACAGUCAGCUGGUCUACAGUGCCCUGUGCUAUUUAUUACUACAUGGAGUAUGCCUUGACCAACAGGGAUAAUUGUGAAAGCAUCAAUCAACCGACGUAUAUCAGUCCCUGCAAUAUGUGUCAGGGAAACACGGUCACAAUAAAUGGUCUAGUACCAUUCUCUCAGUACACUGUACGAGUCAAGGCUUAUGUAUAUGGUGCAUACGGACCAAUAAAAACAGUCAUCUUCACAACCACAUCAUCAGCACCGACUGGACCACCCACUAAUGUAGCACCUGGGUCUCAAGCCCAACGCAGCCUAGCCUUCUCCUGGAGCCUCCCAGCGUGUGGAAGCCGAGGCGGUGUCACAGGAUACGACUAUAGGCUUAGUACAAGUGGCGCUGCACCAUUGACUGGCCAGACCACAGCAGGCCUCUCAGUUACAAUAGAUGGACUUACUCCCCAUACUUCUUACAGUUUUCAAGUUGCUGCAAGGACUAAUGAUGGGACUGGACCGUACAGUGUGGCUGUAACAUCAACAACACAAGAAGCAGCGCCCACAGUUCCCCGCAAUGUUCGCAUCCUGUCGACAGAUGACAUGUCCGUCAGUCUUGGUUGGAGUGAACCAGUUCCAGCGAAUGGACUUAUCUUGCACUACAAUGUUCGCUACUGGAGGAAAGGAGACAUGCAAACUAUGGAGACUGAUCCUAUAGUCAUUGGGUUGAUGCACAGUGUCACGGGCCUUGAAGUCGAUGUGCCAUACAUGGUCGUGGUGCGAGCUGUGACGUCUGCUGGUCCAGGCCCGUGGAGUGAACCUAUUGAAGCACCGACAACAAUCGGAGUUCCUGGACCUGUUGGGAAUCUUAACUUCACAGAGAGGACAGAGACAUCAAUCACUUUGGUCUGGGACCCGCCACUACAACCGAGAAGACCAAUCAUCGGUUAUGUAGUAGAUUACCGUACAUUGGAGAGGCCUUAUCGACCGGACUUCACGGCAGAGGACACUUACGAAACCAAUGAAGCUCAGAAUUCACCCUUCACAAAAACCAACCUGGAACCUGGUACUAAAUAUGAGUUUAGGGUGUUGGCGAAGAACGAAAUGUUCACAGGAACAGAACACCGAAUGUUGGAGGUUUACACAAAGCCGGUGACGGAUCCACCUGCUCCACCCAAACCCACUACAAUUCAAGAGAAAACAACAGACAUGACAGUCACAAUCAGCUUGGCAGCUCCAAAGUCUGCUGUGUACAUAGAAUCAUACGUUAUUGAGGUUAAGAAGGCUGGUACGUUGUCUGUGAUCAAGAGAGAUGUUCUCGUUACGAGGCGUUCUGAGGACCAAGUUGACGGUUAUAUUGCAGCUAAAUUUCCCAAGACUAGCCUUCCUGCUGAAUUCGUAGUUGGAGACUCUAUGAUGUAUGGCGGCUACAGGAACGCACCGCUGCAGCGAGAUGCUGUAUACAACAUCCGCGUUGGGUCUGUUACUAAAGGCAACGAAGCUGUGACCACGGUAACAUAUUCAGAGCCACUGACAGUCAUUGUGCAAAAGCCGGAAGAUGUCACCCCAUCAGCGAGUGGCAACGGAAGCACCAUUGUCGCUGUCGUGGCUAGUGUGAUAGUGUUCGUCUUGGUCAUAAUCAUUGUCAUUGGGAGUGUGGUGUGGAGAAGACGAACUCGCCAACAUGCAUCAAAUAGUUCUCUAGUACCUAGAACUAUGGAACUGGUUGCCAAACCUACAACCUACGAAAAUGACCAACCGAGAGCUGUCAAUCCCGAUGGCGAUAUAAAUGAGGAUGUUGGGCUUCCCACCUGGGCCAGGAAACUGGAAAUCAAAUCGGAGAAUUUGAUCAUCGAUGAUGAGAUUCUUGGUAGGGGUAACUUUGGCGAGGUGCGGGCAGGAGGCGUGAGGAUCGGAGGCCAGGUCACCAAAGCAGCCAUCAAAACUCUCAAAGACAGCACCUCUGAUGCUGCUACGGACUUCAAGGUGGAGUUGCAGACAAUGGUGGGCAUCAAACCACACCCUAAUAUUGUACGUCUCCUUGGCGCAUGUUUUCAUGAAGGCAUUCUGUAUGUGGCACUGGAGUUUCUUCCCAACGGCAAUCUUCGUGAUUAUCUGAGGAGCAUUCGCCCGAUGCAGAAAGGAGCUGGCCACUCCACUGACGGAGCAUCUCCGGUGACUUCUUCAAACUUGUUGAAAUUUGGCACAGACGUUGCCAAGGGAAUGGAUCAUCUGUCCAAGACAGGGAUUAUCCACCGUGACUUGGCUGCAAGGAACAUCCUCCUUGCUGAAGACCUAACCGCCAAAGUGUCUGAUUUCGGCCUAUCCAGAGGGGAGAACAUCUACGUUCAGAAAUCCUCGACCAGGAUUCCUGUUCGCUGGUUGGCCAUCGAAUCUUUGACGCGACGUGUCUACAAGUCCAAGAGUGAUGUGUGGUCGUUUGGCAUCUUGCUGUGGGAGAUAGCAACAUAUGGAUCCACUCCGUACCCUGGUAUUGAAAGCAAGUCACUGGCUGAGAGAUUGCUGGAUGGAUACCGCAUGCCCAAGCCGGACAACUGCGCCGAUGAAAUUUAUAAUCUGAUGUUGAAGUGCUGGCAUGAGGUGCCAAGUAAGCGUCCAACCUUCAAAGUACUCUACCAAGCUCUCGAGAAAAUGAACUCCAAAUCGUAUGAAAAUGUUGUCUUGUCACCGACUGUCUACGAGAAUUUCAUCAUCAAGCAUGAAUUUGAUGACAACUAGAUGACGUCAUUAUCGUUACGCUGUAAUGCAUCAUCUUCGAAAUUACUCAAGCAAGUGGUUCAGCGUUUUCCCGAUUGUUUUCAGUGUCGGGUUUAAGUGUUGGCAUUAACGCAGACUUUUAUUUGAUAACAAUGUCAAGUAGAAUAUUUAAAUCAUAUUAUGUCCUUGUACAUAGUGGAUCUUAUUUAGCCUCAUAUAUUUGGAACAAGACUUACUAAACAUUUUUACAUUAUUAUCAAAUUUACAACUCGUUUACAGUUUAAGAGUAAGCAUUUACAUUAUGUUAAAAAUCGUAGUAGGCUGGUUAGCGUGUUGUUUUAAAUCUCAAAAGCUUUCGCAGAAGAUCAUGUUUUAAAAUGUAAUAUUGUAUAGCGAGGACGUACCGAUGUAUUGUGUAUAGUACACUCCUAAAGCAUUGUCAAUAAAUCAACUGUUGUACUGUAUAGCGAGGACUUGCCGUGAAAUACCGAUGUACUUUGUGUAGUUUACUCCUAAAGCAUUGUAAUUAAAUCAACUGUUGUGUUGAACAGCGAGGACUUGCCGUGAAAUACCGAUGUACUGUGUGUAGUUGACGCCUAAAGCAUUGUCAUUAAAUCAACUGUUGUAUUGUAUAGCGAGGACUCAUCAUGAAAUACCGAUGUACUGUGUGUAGUUCACUCC